AUGGCUAUACGAAUACAUCUCCCGUUCUACAAGGCGACACGUUUGAUUCUUCCGUCCGCUCUCAUGAUCGCCGGUUUGACGAUAUUUCUUUGUGGUUUGGUGCGAACAUAUCAUAUUGAUGAAGUCCUCACCAAAAAUGCCCACGAAGAAAAGAUGCUCCAAUCACAAAAUGAAUACAUGGAGUGGUGGCUUGGUUUGCCGGUAAGACAUUCUUCUCACUUGUGUUUACAAACGUUGUUAACUCUUUCAAAAGUUGUACAUCUCUGGCGCGUCUGCUAAGAGUUCGUGUGCUUGUAAAUGUAAUAACUCGUACAUCUUUGAUAGCAGUGUGGUAGUUUUAUACAUGAGCGUCACUAUAUAUUGUGUUUCUGUACAGUCAAUAGAUAGACGUAUGGUGGGAUGUGUUCUUCCUAAAAUAAACAUCGUAAAAUGUGCUAAAAUCAAUAAAAUUGGCGUGUUUAGUCAAUUGAUGGACAAACAAUGAAUAGUCUACCCAAUUUCCGGUGUCUGUAAUACUUCAAAAAUAUUUCCUAUAACAAUGGCACUUCCCUCUUUACAACUCACGGUAACUAGACCACAUCAAUAAAUGUGUUUGAUAUUUUAGCCAUAUUGAAGCUUGGUAACUGAUCAUGAGGUGAACACAUAUAUGACUAUGUAAGAUUAAUAAAAAUGUGUAUAAAUAUAUGUCCAAAUCCUAGCAAACAUCGAUUUAUUGCUUUUGUAGUUAACGACGUGUUCAAUUCUGGCCGUGUGUGCCGUGCUGUAUGAUCGACCAUUGGGGGUGAGUGACACAGUUCAGCCUUUAGACUUGGAUCAAGUUAAAAACAAACUUAACAAACGCGUUAUCGCACCUCGCGCGUCGCCUGGUGGCGCGCUCGCACUCUAGAGAGACGGGACUUGAUCCAUUCCGUCUUUUGAAUGAUGGUUUUUAAUGCGCAUUACAACCCUUUUAUUGAAAAAAACUAACUAGGAAAUCAGUUAAGCAUAAUUCAAGUUCAGUGAACGCAAUGUUUUUUUAACAUUAAAAGUUUAAAUCUUUUUAAAUUUUAUAUAAAUACUAAUACCUCAACAAAUACACUCUAAAUCAUAUACACAAAACGAAAUGCUGUGCUUUUAUUUCUUCAUUUAUUUCAUAAGAAACUUUUAAAUGGAUUUAAAAUUUUCCGUGCGUGAACGUACGCAGGAAAAACGCUCAACUGGAAAUGAAAACGUUAACUUGCAAUGGAGAGUAAUGGAUCUGCGAGCUCACUUUUCCAUCUCAUUAAGCUGUGUUCGCUUUCCGUGUGCCCAAGGCAUAGUCACAGAGACAAACACACUGACUCAGUGUUAAAAGACACACUGACUCAGUUCAAAACUUACAAUUUACGCAUGCAAAAUUCCUACUGUGAUCACUGAAACUUUGUUAGUGUCAACCAGGCUCAUUUUUAAAUUGUUUUUUCCAGUUCAAGAUUUCUGUGUUAGCAAUUGGCACAUGUUUUGUGAUACUGGUGUAUGGAGUAUUAUGGGAUGCUGCUGAAUUCUCGUGGAUUGCAUAUCAAUAUCAAGCCAUCCAAAGUUUAAAAAGUGAAGGUUUCGAUUGCUGGACCAAAAUGCAUAAUUUUACUUACAACGGACAUGCGUACACUGUACAAGAAUGUCGUUGCAGAAGAAAUAAGGAAAUGAGUAAGUAUAGUAUAUAUGUCUUUCAACAUGUCAUGUACUCAACCUCUCUCUUAUUCAAACACUUUCAGAAAUUAUUGGGGCUACUCUGCCCUGCUAGUAGACUUUCGCAAAGGAAUUAGGACUUUUAGGAAUUAGGAUUUACUCAAAUUACAUCGCAGCAAAAGCUGAAUUACGUAAUAGUUACAAAAUAUUACGUAUUAAAAUGUCGCAUCUAUUUACAUUAAAAAUAUUUAAAAUUACAGCUACAAUAUUCAACAUGACUUAUUGAACUUAUUGCACAUGGCAGAGAUAAGUUUUUAGUCCUAUUAGUUUUAAUAAGAGGAAUAUUAAAAUUGUUUUCGUUUCCUAAAAAGUGGCCUGAAUUGUGACUUUCAGGUAGCAAAUGACAAAUCUUAUGAUUUGUAUUGAGCUUUCGUAUCAUAUCAAUCUAAGGAUAAGUUUGGAGAAAGCAACUCUCUCAAAUGGCUACAAAUACCGUUUCAGAGGGUUUAAAUUUCAGAAUCUUCACCCCUCAGAUCCCCCCCUCCCCCCUCAGGCAAAAGGUACCUUCGGCACCACAGAGUCACCCACUUCUCUCCUGGCCUGCCCAGCUAAUGCACCCAAGUCAUGCGUUAGAAAGUGUGUUCACAUUUCGAUAUAAAUAUUCCCCAUUUUGUUUUGCAGGUUUUGGUGUGUACGUUCCAUUCUCGUGUGAACUGCUACGAUCUCAAUAUUUGCUACAUGCAGUCCUGGGUUUUGCUCUCGCUUGUGCCUUGGGAUUGAGUUUGUUUACGUUGUUUUCCUUUGUUUUGAUUCUCAAGAGGAUUUCCCAAGUAAGUUGCACAGUUGAAAAAUACAAUACCAUCAAAACACCCUCGCCAGUAAAUACAUACAGAACUCUCACUUCUGUUGGAAAACCGUAAGGUAGUUUUUACUGCGCAUAUCGGACGGCCAUGUUCUUAGCGAGUGCCCUAAAGAGAGGCAUCCCCCCCUGGAACAUUAAAUUUAAAUAUGUUUUCAGGGGGGUGAUGGUCUCUUUAGGGCACUUGCUAAGAACAUGAUGGACUGAAAAAAUCCCUUACGCUAAAUGAACCUGAAAUGAGACUUCUCUGUGGCCACACAGCUUCACUCCGACAUUUUCUUCUCACUUAGAUAACCACAGCACUACAUCUAGAUGAAAAACCGCUGAGCGAAGACUUCGACAACAUUCAAGGAGAUUUGUAUGUUCAACCAUAA